AUGACAGUCCCUAGCUGGUCAUGGCACCGUUGUAAUUGUAGCCGCGAUUGCCAACAAGAUAGCGAGAAAGCACGCGGACUUCAUGGCCAUGGCCCGGCUUGGCAAAAUAGUGCGCGCGCUAUCGAGAAUGCUAGCCAACGUUUCUUGCAGGAUCAUUUAGACAUGGGGAGAGCCAGAAACCUGAUCAGUGAUUGGCUGAAGGAAGGGUACAUGCCAUCCGAAGGGAGCCUGAAUGUAGGAGAGUGGGGAUUCACUUAUACCGAAUUGAGUAGAACUUUCCAAAGGAAAAAGGCAAGACGGCAGAGGAAGCAGGAAAAGAUGGUAGACCAAGGGAAGAUCCAGUCAAAUUAG